ACCUCAUCCACCUCUGAAACAACUGAGGUUCCUUCACCGAGUAUUUCUAUAAACAACGUUGAAUAUGAACAGUCACCCUCCAGUGAAACAACUAAGAUUCCUACAACCGGUGUUAAUAUGAACAACGCUAAAGAUCAAAGGUCUUCAGCCAGUGAGAGUUACAACACUGAUUUAUUAAAUGCCAUUCUUCCUGAACCUUCAGAUAACAGACCUGAAGAUAUCAAACAAAAUGUUGUCCCAGGCAGUCUUCAAACAGAGGAAGAAGAAACUAUUUCUUCCAGAGUUCAAACAAAUGUUCCAAAUCUCUAUUCCUCUUGUAAAGUUCCAGAUGUGCCUGUGGGCCUAAGGGAAGCUUUCAUCACCAGGCACCUCCGUAAUAUUGGUCAAGAACAAUUUACCUCAAAUAUUCCAAAUCUCUAUUCCUCUUGUAGAGUUCCAGAUGUGCCUGUUGGCCUAAGAGAAGCUUUUAUUACCAGGCACCUCCUUAAUAUUAGUCGAGCACCAUUUACCUCAGUUACCACACCCACUAGUGAGACCUCUGAAACAGCAACUGUUUCUAUAAACAACUUUGGACAUGAAGAGUCUCCCAUCAAUGAGAGUUACAGCACUGAUUUAUUCAAUGUUGGUCUCCCUGAACCUUCAGAUAACGGACCUGAAGAUAAUGAACAAAAUGUUGUCCCAGGCAGUCUUCAAACAGAGGAAGAAGAAACCAUUUCUUCCAGAGUUCAAACAAAUGUUCCAAAUCUCUAUUCCUCUUGUAGAGUUCCAGAUGUGCCUGUUGGCCUAAGAGAAGCUUUUAUUACCAGGCACCUCCUUAAUAUUAGUCGAGCACCAUUUACCUCAGUUACCACACCCACAAGUGAAACCUCUGAAACAGCAACUGUUUCUAAAAACAACUUUGGACAUGAAGAGUCUCCCACCAAUGAGAGUUACAGCAUUGAUCUAUUCAAUGUUGGUCUCCCUGAAUCUUCAGAUAACAGAUCUGAAGAGAAUGAACAAAAUAUUGUCCAAGGAACUCUUCAAAGAGAGGAUGAAGACCCUGUUGUUUCCAGAAUUCACAGAAAUCUUUCAGCUUUUUGGUCCCUUAUUACAGCUCCAGUUGUGCUUGCGGGCCAAGGAGUCAUUUUUGUCACCAGGCACAUCCUUAAUAUUUGUGGAGCACCAUUUACCUCAGUGUUCAAUCUUUUUUUUUUUUUUUUCAGUAAUUAUUCAGCGUAUGUUUCCCAUUCCCCACAGAGCCAAUUCAGGCCUGAUUCCUACAAUCAGAAGAUGGUUAGAUGUAAUUUCUUGGAUGACUUCAGCAAUUGUUGCACUUGCACUUUUAGUUUUACUUAUAAUCUUACCUUAAAAUAGUCAUCAUGGUAACUCCC